CCUAGUGAUGAAAAUAAUGAAAUUUAAACAGCUGUUGUACAGUGUAGUUAUUUAGUCUGUAUUGUUAUACAUUGCACAAAAAUAAAAGAAAGCGGAAAAACUUAAGCUUAGCGUUCCUAUUUGAAGUUCCUAUUUCAAGAAACAUGUCUCACGGUGGUUUCACAGGGAGAAAAAGUGACUUUCUAGAAAUAGGAGAAUUGAAUUUUUCUUGGCCGGUAGAAAAUGGUAGCUAUCACGACUUUGGUUCGGUUAACUACACUAUGCCAUCAGGACCAUGGUACUGGCCGUGGUGUCCGUUAUGGAGGAUUCCACAACACCCAUUAUUUCAGCUUUCCAAUUUGCUGUUUGUAGCAUCUUACUGUGCACCGAGUACAAAAAAAGGUCAAUUAUGGAUGCACACAAUUCUUAUAUUUGCUUUCAUGCUGUAUUCGAUUUGGGCAUGGCACGUGAUAUGUUCUCCAGAUGCGUUCUCGUGGAACUUUGGAUUCGUGUUUCUUAAUUUAGCUCAGGUCGUGUAUCUGGUUUAUGAAAUGAGACCCGUCAAAUUUGAUCCGGAACUCGAAGAAGUAUUCCACACGUUAUUCGAACCGUUUAAGGUUUCAAGGUUACAAUUCAAGAGGAUGGUGUCGCCGGAUUUUGCUCAUAUUAUGUCUUUGCACGCCGGCGAAGCGUACGCGAUGCAAAACUUGACAAAAACCGAUAGACUUGGACUAUUGCUUUCAGGGAAGGUAAAUGUAAUGAGUGGACAUCAAUUCCUCCAUCCGAUUUUGCCGUGCGAGUUCCUAGACUCGCCAGAAUUCGAGUCGAGUCGAGCCACUAUCGAUGAAAAAUUCAAGGUAUCUAUAGUAGCGGCUUCAUCAUGCCGCUACGUGUACUGGCAAAGGAGUUCCCUCGAAUAUCUAUUCGUGAAAGAGCCGUACUUAGCCUGCGUUGUUACCACGCUCAUAGCACGGGACAUCACCACGAAACUGUAUGCUAUGAACAAUAAGAUUGUGACGGAAAGAGGAUCACAUCUAGACAUUAGGCUGCCGAGCAUCUCUCACGCUUUGGCCCGAAGUCCGAGGAAACUGCGUUCUGUCAGCAACCCGCCGCCACCGACUACUGUACAGCCCGUUCCGCCAGAGAAAAGACCAAGUUGCUGGACCCGGGAGGUCGAGGCUCCAGAAACCUUGAAACGAAACUGCGUUCAAGGAAUAACGUAUACCGAUGGUGAUGAAGAGCUGAUGCCGCUUGCUGCUCAUGAAGCGAAGGUGGCUUCUUUAGACGACCUGUCUGUAGCGGACAGCUGCCCCGACACCUCGUCUAAGUACCAUAGCUGCGAAGCUGUUGAAACAGAUGAUGAAUUAAGACAUUAAGCUUAUCGCGAUGCUUUAUAAUUUUCAAAUAAAGAAUAAAGGUUUUGUUUUAUUCCAAACGAGGCUUGCAAAAUAAAUAGCAUAAAUACAUUGUUGAUUUUUAU